UAUAAGCACGUAUAUAGAAAGUGCGGUUCGGAUAAAAGGGUUGAUAUCAAAAUCGGAGUGUAUCAGUAUCUGAUGUUCCCUUGUGAGUGACGAAUGAAUGCAGUAUGUUUUUUUUUUUUUGUCGGAACGGAAAUACAUUUACGUACGUGGUGUGGGACUCAAAGGUGCCUACAGCACACCAAUACCCACUAAAACCCCUCCCUCACCGGGCCGAUUGCGGUGACCGUGGUGUCAGUCGCGGUAGCGGGUGGUGUCACGUAACCAAGUAGGUCACUUUGCGACAAAUGAAUGCAUUAUUGUGUAAUAAACAAUAGAUCUUAUACCAGACCGAACGAAUUCUCACGCGCACGCACAUUCACACAUACCGCGAGAUCGUUUUUUUUUUGAGGGGGAUUUUUGAGGGGGAUUUCUUUGGAAGAGCAGCAUACGAAGGUCUUUAUGCACCGUUCAAAACAGAAUACCUCAUUUAAAAUUUGACCAAAUGAUUUGAGGCUCUUGGACAAUCUAUAAAAAUUAAUUUACCAAGUUAUGUACUUUUGCUGUUUUAAAAAAUUACAGUUUGUCGAAUUUUAAAUGGGGUAAUUUGUUUUAAACGGUGUACUAUGACUUCCGUGAUUGACUAUACUUUUGAUGCUGGCUUGUCGUUAACUAAACAAAAUCACCUGGCUGACCCUCGCUAUUAAUUGCACCAAUAAUAAUCAUUUUUUCCCCAUACUUUUGCAAAAAUAUCCCUUCCUUAACGAACUUCCAUCUAGGACCCUGAAAACGUUUUCGACUGGCAAAAUUAGUUGUGAACGAAACGUUCAUCAUGAUACGUACAAACGCGGAAUAUUACGAUAUGUUCUUUACAUACACGGAGUGCCAAGGCAAUGCAAAUUUUGUCGCUGCCCGGUACCGCGAGUUGCAUGCCGGGGAACUAACACCUAGUGCGGCAGCCUUCCGCCGGUUGGCUAGCCGCCUGCAUAGGACCGGGUCGGUUCAACCAAACCAUCGUGAAACGGGCCGAUCGCGCCGUACUUCCACAGCGCGGUUGGAAGAAGUUGUCGCAGAGUUCGACCGGAAUGGCACUCAGAGUGUGCGAGAAGUUAGCAGGCGGGUGGGUGUCAGCCGGACCACAGUACACCGCGAACUGCAGCUGGAAGGAAUGCACCCGUACAAAUUUGUACGCGUACAAACAUUGCUCCCCAGAGAUUACGUUCAACGGAUGGAAUAUUCAAGGUGGCUGUUGGGAAACAUCGAGCGGAAUCCGUCGUUCUGCGGGUACAUUUUGUGGACAGAUGAAGCCCUUUUUACAAGGGAGGGGUGCAUUAAUGCCCACAAUUCGCACAUGUGGAACGAUGAGAAUCCGAUUGCGAUUCGUCCACAUGCAGCACAAGACCGCUGGUCAGUCAAUCUAUGUGCCGGCAUUUGCGAUGAUUUUGUUGUUGGGCCAUACAUUCUACCCGCUAGAUUGGAUGGAACAACAUACAAAAAUUUUCUGGAGCAUGCUCUUCCGGAUCUCUUGGAAGAAAUUCCUUGCGAGGUUCGGAUGAGUAUGUAUUUCCAGCAUGAUGGGGCUUACUUAGAUCAAACCUUUCGCGACAGGUGGAUUGGCCGCGGCGGUUCUGUACCGUGGCCCCCACGGUCUCCGGAUAUGAAUCCGUUGGACUUUUUCUUCUGGGGACACCUGAAGGUACGUUCAGUAUCAUUAUCAUUUUGCACUAACUUUAAAAAUCUUUAUUUACGCUGUUUGCUUCUUUCUUCGUGUUUUCAGACUGCAGUAUACCGGCAACCCCUGACCACGAGGGAUGAGGUGAUCGCACGCAUCCGCAACGCUGUCGCGACUUCAUUUGUCAUGUUUAAAACAAAUUGGAAAUCCUCAAACCAUUAAGACAUGUAAACCGUUAUAUUAUCAAUUUCAAAUAUAUUAUUAUAAU